CACGAACUCUCUUUCCGAAAUCAUCUUGUUCCUCUUAUAUAAGCCUGCCAUGCCAUUAGUUCGCAAUCCUAUCUUACCUGGUUUCAACGCGGACCCGUCGAUCGUCCGCGUUGCUGACGACUACUACAUUGCUACAUCGACGUUUGAAUGGUAUCCUGGUGUACAAAUACAUCAUUCUAAGGACCUGGCAAACUGGGAUCUAGUGACCAGGCCUCUGAACCGGAAAAGUCAGCUUGACAUGCGAGGCAAUCCCGACAGUUGCGGUGUUUGGGCACCUUGCUUGACAUACGACGGUGGUAAAUUUUGGUUGGUAUACACCGACGUCAAGCGUAAGGACGGCUCUUUCAAAGACACUCCCAACUAUAUCGUCACCGCCGAUCGCAUUGAAGGUCCAUGGUCCGACCCAAUUUACGUCAACUCUUCAGGAUUUGAUCCAUCCCUGUUUCAUGACGAAGACGGCAGGAAAUGGUUCCUGAACAUGCUGCAAGACCACCGCCGGCGCCCCAAGGCUUUUGCGGGUAUCAGGCUACAAGAAUAUGAUCCGGCGGCAGAGAAACUGGUGGGUGAGACAAAAACCAUCUUCUACGGGACCGACCUGGAUCUUGUAGAAGGCCCACAUUUGUACAAACGAAAUGGGUGGUACUACCUCCUGACUGCUGAAGGCGGGACAGCUUAUGAACAUGCGUGCACUUUAGCUCGAUCACGAAAUAUUUGGGGUCCAUACGAACUCCACCCACAGAAAUAUAUUCUCACAUCUAAGGACUCUCCGUUUGCAUCUCUGCAAAGAGCGGGUCAUGGGGACUUAGUCGACACCCCCGAUGGAAAAACAUAUCUUGUGCAUCUUACGGGUCGUCCGAUUACACAAGCUCGUCGUUGCGUGCUUGGGCGCGAAACAGCCAUACAAGAAGCAUACUGGGGUGAUGAUGAUUGGUUGUAUAUCAAGAAUGGUCCUGUUCCCUCUCUUGAUGUCGAACUAUCAGCAAAGCGCGAUGAGAACUCGUACUGGGCCGAGCGAUGCUAUAAGUUUGACAGCACUGAAGGCCUACAUAAGGACUUUCAGUGGCUUCGGACGCCGGAACCCGAACGUAUUUUUGCUGUCAAGAAUGGUCUCCAACUGACUGGACGCGAAUCUAUUGGCUCGUGGGUUGAGCAAGCUCUGGUAGCGCGCCGGCAAACACAUUUCUCGUAUGAUGCCGAAACCGUCAUCAGCUUUUGUCCAACGGAUGAGCGACACUUUGCCGGUCUGACUGCCUACUAUUGUCGCUAUAACUUUUUCUACCUCACCGUAACGGCAGACGCCAGAGGUCAGCGCGAACUGCUCAUCUUGACCUCCGAAGCUUCAUGGCCUGAGGGCAGUCUGAAGCUGCCUCUCGCAGACCCAGUUCAGAUUCCCAACGAGGGGAAGGUCAAAUUGGCUUUGAUGAUCCGAGGCAGGGAGCUGCAGUUUUGGUACGCUUUAGAGGGAGAGCCAUCUCUGAAAGCAAUCGGCCCCGUUUAUGAUGCCUCAAUUUUAAGCGACGAAUGUGGUGGGCAUCAGGCUCAUGGCAGCUUCACCGGCGCAUUCACAGGUAUAGCGGCUUCCGACCUUAACGGCACAGAAAAGAAAGCCUUUUUUGAUUACUUCCUAUAUAGGCCAGUCAAACACGACUCAGAUCGCUACGACGUUUAGGUUCACGAGUCCAAUAUACACAUGAAGAUAGUGGAUCGUUACAAACUUAGCAAGUUCAACCUGGCGAGGAUGUAACUGGUAGCAACAAGCUUCUUUGAUUCCGAUAUUUAAUUGAGACGCUAUAGCCAACAAAGAGUCUAUUCUGUUCUGUUCUCUUCGGUCAUCGUCAACGGCAAAGCCAAGCGGUCAGUAUUCAGGGUAGUAUACACGUGUAGAGCGAUAUUAAUGCAGUAAUGCAAUAUGGCCAUAGAAACGUGGCUGAGGCAUUUGUGAUGCGUAGAAAGGUAUCAGUUUGACAAGACAUCGCUUAUAGGUCAGGUGAAAUAAGGGGUUGCGACGCUAAGGGUUUCGGUUCUUAGCCCCAGU